AUGCUCCUCCUGACCAACUUCAACGGAACUCUAAGAACGGCUGCAAAGAACUACGACCUGAUCGGCUCCUUUAUCAUCCAAUUCGACAAUGAGACGAUAAUGGUCAACGGUCAAAACUAUUCCAGUUACUCGGUCAGUCAUCUAAUGGCGAUGCCGGCCGUGUUGAGCCACAUAACGGCCAGCAACUUUCAACUUUCUCUGGAAUACGUCCACGACGUGAGCAUGAAGAAUUUGGAAAAUAUGUCCAACAUGGCGAGUGAGCUACUAGCCUCUCUUCUCACCGAGGCGGCACUCGCAAUCUGCAUAUUCCUAGGCUUUUAUUUCCUAUGGAAGAAGCUGAUGUCCACCAAAGGCAUGCCCGAUGUCCGCGAGAUUGCCGCAAACUUAGAAGCAUUGGGCCAAACCGAGCUGAACAAGGCUCACUAAUCUGCGGGACGCAGAUCUUGAGGGGGGAGGAGUUACGAACCCUCUUCUUGCGCCCUUCGUCAGGUCUCACCAGCGCUCGGCUCUCGUGUUUUCGGGCCCCGUCAGCAGGCGACUCGGGGCCUGUCUAGUAACAUGUUCGUGUAAGUUACGAACCCUCUUCUUGCGCUCUUCGUCAGGACUCACCAGCGCUCGGCUCUCGUGUUUUCGGGCCCCGUCAGCAGGCGACUCGGGGCCUGUCUAGUAACAUGUUUGUGUAUGUGUGCAUUCGGAACAAGUGCCGUUGGUCGCACUCAGGGUGGGGUAGAGGGGUCAACGGGGGAAGCGUAUAUAAAAGCAGCGGGACGGGAGAAGAGGAGCCAGUCUCGAACGGACACAUAACGGAACCGCUAGCAGAUCGCGAACUGAAUCUUAAAAUAAAGCUAAUCGUAAACUCGAA